GCAGUGCUGCCGCUGCUGCUGCACUUGCUGGCCGCUACUGUGGCUUGUCCUGUCCUGCGGAUGAGCCUUGCAUGGGCAUCCGGGCUGGACUUCGCACGGAAGCGCCGCUGCGGAGUGGCACAGGAGGCUGGAGGUCCUGGUUGGCUGGUGGCCGGCCAUUGCCUUGGCUUCACGGACCUGUGCUGCCGGAUCCAAGCAUGCCCGUGGUGGGCACAGAGAAAUCUUCCUGGCAGCAUUAUUUGGGCUGUUAG